AUGGCAAUGACCUCCUUUGUGGCUGUCACAGAGUGCACACAAAUCUCCACUCUGGACAGCCUCGUGACGGCCCUGGAUGCCGAGCUAGUGGUGGCAGGGAAGUCCAUGGCAAGGGCUUUGGGUAACAGAUGCAGGGCUGCCCACGCUAUUCUGGCUGACGUCACUAAGAAUGUCACCAAGAGCAAGCAGAACUCUCUCGAUCAGCUGAGCAUUACUCUACUCUCGCAGGACGCCUCUCCUCUGCUGCCAAAAGAAAUGGACAAGUUACUCCUUCGCUUCAUUGCCGGCUCUCUCCAACCUCUUUCAAGGGUUGAGGAUGCUAGCUUUGAAGCUCUUCUUAACAAGGCCCAGCCCAGCUACAGCAGCCCAAGCCGCAAGGAGCUCAGCAGCAAGCUUCUUCCUUCGCAAACUCAACAACUACAGGAACAUCUCAAUAAGAAGUCUUCUUCUGUUGGUUACAUCUGUGUUACACCUGACCUUUGCACAAACAGACAGAUACGGUCGUGCACUGGGAUCACGUGUCACUUCAAUGAUAACUUCCAGCUCCAAUCAACACUGUUGGCAUGCACAAGAUUCAAAGGGUGCCACACCGCACAAAAGAUCCAUGCCACAUUCACAGAAAUCAUCACUAGCUUUAACCUACAAACAAAGAUUUUGACAAUUGUAACCGACAGUGGCACCAAUGUGCUUAAAGCACUCGUGACACUUCCCGGUGUGGACGAUGCGGACACUAAUCAAGACAGUGAAGGCGAAGAGGAGGAUGACACCUUUCACAUUCCUGAUAACAAUGACAACUUGCUGCAGCUAUUGCCUGGCCAUUGCAGACCUCGGGACAAAAAUGCAACGCGAUGGAACACCAGUAACAAGAUGCUUCGCUCCCUUCUCAAUAUUGAUCCAGCCAAGCUUCAUCAGCUAAACUGUCCAGUAAAGAUAACCAAAUAUGAACUUAAUCUCAUCAAGCAGGUAACAGACAUCUUGACACCAUCUGAAGUAGCAACUCUAGAGUGUCAGGGAGAGAAUGUUGUAACGUCAAGCAAAGCAAUUCCGUGCAUUCGUGGACUGAAAGCUGAGCUUGAACAACCGUCACAGACACACAAGUCAAAGGUGAUUACUACUCUCAAAAGCUCCAUCAAGAAAACACUGAAGAUCUAUGAAGACAAGGCGAUGUUUCAGCUGGCUUCACUCCUACACCCACGCUUCAACAUGGACUGGUGCUCACCACAACAAGUCAUGUUCAUCACAUCCCUACUCGAGUCUAAAGUACAUGACAUUAAGUCCACUGCCACUGAAGAAAAGGGUUCCCUUCAGGAAAAUAAGGAGGCUCCUACAAAGAAGUGCAGGCUGUUCAGAUUCAUGACACCAUCAGCAUCAACGAGCUCUUCCCUCUGUACAUUAACAUCAACUUUAUCACAAGUACAAUCCUACCUGAGUCAGCCAACAACAGAGGAUGACAGUGACCCCCUUCUCUUCUGGGAACAGAAUCAGUCACCAUUACCUCAACUAGCUAUACUGGCUCUCCGAUAUCUGUGUAUCCCACCAUCAUCAGCUCCAGACUGUCCACGAACAGAGAAGUGUGAGUGUGCGCGGCGUCAGGGAGUGGAACAGCCUCCCGCACGAUAUUAA